AUGUACAGAUUAGAAGAGUUGAGGAGCGCCCUUGAGAUGUUUGAAAGCACCAUCAUCGAAAGUCAUCAAGUCUUUUUCUACAUGUGCUUCUUCGUGAACAACCAGUUCAGGAUCUUAGUGGACCAGGCCGCUGUGGGCAGCCAGGACCUUGAGAGCACCUUCAGGUAUAACCUGACACGCACAGGCCGAGUGGUUGCCGUAUUGGAUACCUGGAAUGAGCCUGUGUACCUCACUCGGAUUUGGACGGUCUUUGAGCAGUUCGCCGCGUGCACCUUGCAGAUUCCGGUGACUUUCGUCAUGCCUGAGGCUUGCUCUUCGAUCGACAGAAAUAAUUAA